UGAAACAUUGAAAACAAGAAAAUCCUCCAUUCAUCGAUUCCUUCCCUUACCUUCCUUUCCCAAAAGAACAAAAAAGAAUAAAAGACAAGAUUCCAGUUGAAAUAAUGGCCAAUCAGAAAAUCGCAACCCUAGCAUUGUGUUUGGGCACGAUGAUCUUGACUCUUUCCUAUCUCAGCUAUGGGGAAAUCCCUUGUGAAACUGUCCUUAGUGAUCUGACUCCAUGUCUCGGUUUUGUAAUAGGAGGUGGGGAGACAGUUGAUCCGGCUUGUUGCAGUGGAUUCAAGACGGUUAUCGGGUCGGCGAAGACGAAACCCGAUCGUCAAAGCGUUUGUACUUGCCUGAAAUCCUUGGCUUCGGAAGCUACCGAUGCGGAGCUGGCGAAUGCUGCCCGGAUCCCUAAAUUGUGCGGAGUUAAAGUUCCAUUCAAGAUUUCUCGUGAUAUUGACUGUUCCAAGGUGAAGUUGCACUAACCAGUUGAUGUCGGAGUUUUCGUUUUGAAGAAUGGAUGACUUCAAUCAUUCAAAAAAAAAAAAAAAAUGGAUGGCUUCACUCUUUGGAACGAUAGGUGGCCACUUAAUGAAAUAUUGCCUCCAUCUUUAUUACCACUACAUAUAUAUAAGCCACGAGUUAAAAUAAAAUUCUGUUCAAAUUUUGUGCUUUCUAAUGUAAUAUUAAACCUUUGUUGUUUUCCUCUCUAUUUGUCUAAAAUAUUAUUUUGUAUACUUUUGUCCAUUCCUGACUCCUUUUAUUUGCCUUAAUUGAUGUUUGAACUUUUAACGUUCA